AUGAGCGUCGAUGCGAACCCUCAUGUGUCCAAUGGGACCUGUUACUCUAAGAAAGGCAGACUAUCAAAAGGCAGUUUCAUUCCUUGUGGCAACAUCGCGUUCGGACAUUGGCCGUGUUGCCACACGGGAAGUAUAUGCCUCGAUUUUGACAACUCCAAUGCAUGCUAUGACGCCGAGACGGGAUGUACAGAUUCCGGCUUUAACGACAGGGCCUGUCCAUGGAAGUCCCCGGAGUUUGACGAUCAGGAGUGGGUUGGCAUACACCACUGCGAGAAGGGCACAGGGAAUAACGACACCGUGUGGGGAGGGUGCAAGACGGCUCCUAACGCGACGGAGCUAGAGCGGCUUCCGCUUCAAAGCUGCGACCCGUAUUGCGCCGACAAGCUAUACGUGGGUGGCACGGCCCUCCCGGCGUUCGCGAGCUUGCCGAAUAGCACCGGGGCCUCCAUAGCUUGGACUAGUGGCUUCACACCGACUCUAGGCAAUACUCCUAUUACUCCGACAGCUCAGAUAUCCGGGAGUGCGACUACCACCACCCCAAUCCAGACUUCAAUCACGUCGGCGCAGAAUAGCUCCACCACCACUUCGACGGCACCAAUAUCUACUACUGGUGCCGAUGGUGGGCUGUCGACUGGGGCCAAGGUGGGCAUAGGAGUUGGUGCUGCAGCCGGCGCGCUACUAAUCGCCGGAGCUAUCUUCUUUGCCUUAGUAUCCCAGCAACGGAGAAGGAAGGUCAGGGACUCGCAAUCCGGUCCACAAAUGGAACAAGCACCGACUAGCCCUGUAAGCCCGCCGAACCAGCCAUACCAAGUGUCCCAGUCUCAGCAAUUUACACCGUCGAAGCCUUUGUUAGACGAACCUACGGAUGCGACGUAUGGGGUAGGACAUAAGUCGGAGCUCCCAGCCAUCGAACGCGUUGUGUCCAGUGAACUGCCCGCCAACCAACCCCAGUCUGCCAAGCCACUGUCGAACCUCAAUCCCUACCGGACUCGUCUCUCCAGUUCGACCUUGCCGCAUUCCGCGUGCGCAACUUUAGACUCGGCUGGUACUGAUUAUGUUUCGUCUUACUCGUAUACCACGACAGCGCAUGGUAGUACAUCCGGGAUGAUCACACCAGAAAGUACAGGCAUGCAUGGCCAUCUAGGCGGACCUCACGGGAGAGCCCAAAGCCCUAUGGGGCAUGUGUCGGAGUCGGACCCGGAGCUACGCUGA